AUGCAAUUCACAGCUAUCCCUGUGACAUAUCGUGAGCUUUAUCAAAGCUUAUACGAUGCACAUGCUAUUACUCCUUUCCACUUGAAACCAUUACAGCCUCCAUAUCCUAAAUGGUAUGAUGCAAACGCCAGAUGCGAGUACCACGCCGGAAUAUCGGGGCACUCAAUUGAAAAUUGUAUCGGAUUCAAAAAGUCCGUAGAGAGGUUGAUCAAGAUGGGGGUUGUAAAAUUUGAUAGUACCCCAAAUACUGAAAACCCUUUGCCAAAUCAUGACAAUCAAGGAGUAAAUGCCAUUGGCAAAGCUAGUGAAAGAAGGAUAAAGGAAAAUGUUGCUGAGGUGAGGAUGCCUAUGAAGGUGAUUUGGGAAGAGAUGAUGAAGAGAGGGAUGAUAACCUCUGGGAAAGAACGAGAAAAAAUGGGGAACUACUGUGAGUUCCAUGGAGAAGAAGGUCAUGGGACCCAAAAUUAUGAAGAAUUCAGAGUCUUGGUGCAAGGCUUUGUAGAUAAUAAAGAGCUACAAAUUUUUGAAGGUAGCUCUUAUAAAAGAGAAAUAAGUGUGCUGGAAGGUGAACAAAAAGGAACCAGCCGGCCAAGGAUCAUUAUCUCCCUGCCAGGGAAUAAUAAAGUGGGGACACCAGCAGUGCCCAAGGUCAUUAUCCAUAAACCUACUCCUUUCCCUUACAAGGAUAACAAGAAAGUACCAUGGAAUUAUGAUUGUAGUGUGACAGUGCUAGAGGAAGAAAAUAUAGCCAGCACAUCUAAAGACGUGCAAGUGGAAGGUUCCCACACGCGGAGUGGGAAGCGUUAUGAUAUGGGGGGCGUCAGAGUGGAGCCCACAAAAACAAAAGUUGUCGAGGUUGAGAAAGAGGAAGAAACUGAAGUACCCAUCAAUGAGCCAGUAAAGGAGGAGGAGACUAAGGAAUUUUUAAAGUUCCUUAAACAUAGCGAGUAUAGCGUGGUCGAGCAGUUGCGUAAGCAACCGACUCGCAUAUCAGUAUUGGCUCUACUUUUAAGUUCUGAGGUGCAUAGGGAAGCAUUGAUGAAGGUGCUUAACGAAACAUAUGUCACCCAUGAUAUAUCCAUUAAUAAGCUGAACCGAUUGGUGAACAACAUUAGCGCGGAUAAUUUCAUCUACUUUAAUGAUGAUGAAAUCCCACAGGGGGCAGAGGGUCAACUAAGGCCUUGUAUAUUACUACUCGAUGCAAGGGAAUUUGUAAAUGCGACUUUCAUUUCGGAAGGAAGUGAGCUACCGGUGCCAAGGAUAGCAAGAGCUACGAGGAUGGCUCUACAAAUGAUGGAAGGAAAGGAAGCCUUACCAGGAAAAGGUUUGAGAAAGUAUCUGCAAGGAGGGACUCAAAUCCCAAAGUUGAUUGAGAAGAAAGACCGCUUUAGUUUGGGCUUCAAGCCAGACUAUAAGUAA